AUGGAUGUUUGCAGAUUAGAUGUCAGUGGUCUAAGUACCAGUUGCCCAAGAAGAUGCAGCUGUGACCCUGCCCAGUCAGUGCAAUGCUACAGAGCUACAGAGAUCCCCAGAGAGAUUCCUUUUACCACCAGAAGACUCUACAUCAGUCACAGCAAAAUUAAACAACUACAGAUUACUGACUUCAGGAGAAUGUCAGCCCUUGAAGAGCUGGUCCUGUCAUGCAGUGGCACAGAAUCAAUAGAAAACAACACUUUCAAAGCUCUGAGCACCUUGAAGUCCCUGGAACUAUACAAAAAUCAGCUAAAGCAAAUACCCACUUUCCUCCCGUCUGGCCUUGAAAUCUUAAAACUUGCUGAUAACUCCAUCAACACUCUGCAAACAUCUGAUUUUGAAGGUUUGAUGAAACUAAGGGUGCUCGAUAUUCGGAACAACUUGAUUGCGACUCUGCCUCCAAGUGCAUUUUCUUCCCUCUUCAAUUUACAAAGAUUGAUUCUGGAUGGCAACAACAUGGAAUCUGUGUCUGCACCACUUAAGCUUCCUAGGCUGAAAUAUCUGAGCAUGGCUGAUAAUAAACUGAACUCGUUCCCAACCAACUUCUUUGCAUCUUUCCAAAAUCUACAGUUUCUCAGUUUAAGUGGCAACUUUCUGACAAAAGUGCCUCUUGACCUACCUAAAUCCCUGCUGUCACUAAAAUUAGAGAAAAACCAACUUAAAACAAUAAGACUUCGAGACAUGAAACACCUAGAAAACCUGUCUGAGUUCUUCCUGUCAGAAAAUCAGCUGUCAUCAAUAGAUGGUGCCCAGCUUCUUCCUAACUUAACAACGCUGGAACUCUCCAAGAACCAGCUCCAUGCUAUGCCACCCAGGCUGCCCAGCAGACUGCAGAAACUCGACUGCAGCAAUAACCUGAUUCAAAGGGUGACGGCGCAGGACUUCCAAGGACUACAAGACCUCAAGCACUUGUUUCUUGACAACAACGCUGUUAGCAUGUUUGAGGCAGGAGCUCUUCAGCAGUGUGCACAGCUUUCGAAUCUGGCGCUGGAACAGAAUCUCCUAAUUUCUAUUCCACUGAGACUUCCAGACACCCUUGCCAGAUUGGAUCUAAAGGGAAAUGACAUAGAGGACAUUGGAGAACAAGAGCUGAAGGACUUGAAACAGCUUCAGGUUUUAAAUUUACGGAAUAACAAGAUAUCUGCCUUGGAUCGCAAAGUCUUAGAGUAUUUACCUCGUCUUCGUCAUCUGUAUUUAGAUGGCAACCCUUGGAACUGCACCUGUGACCUUCUCAGAACGAGAAGAGCAUUGGUGGCCAAAAGAACGGAUGUCAGGGGAGGACAGUGUGCAGCGCCGGCAGAAAGCCGAGGAGAAAGUUGGAUGUCUUCCAAAAAGAUUCUGCAGCAGUGUGAAGAUAAUGUGUCUUCCAUGGAAAGUGGCAAAGAGGACAGAAUGAACAUGAAACCCAAUGAAGCCUCCAGUGUUGGAGUAAACGCAGAUGAUGAUUACUAUGAUUACGAAUUAGAUUAA